UUGGGUAUGCUACCGGUGUUACCGGAGAUUAACUCAUACUGUGUCUCUCUCUUUUUCCCCUUUUGAAAUGACCCCCUACUCCCCUCAUCCUGCACCCCCAACUUGUCGUUGUCUGCUAAAACUUACCGUGCACUUACGGCAUACCUAUCCCUUUCCCAUUUAUUAAAAACUAAAAACGAAGCAGAAUGAACGCUUUCGUUGAAUUUUUCUUUAUACUACACUUCCAAGUCAAAGUGUCAAAAGCUGCAAAGUCAUAUAUUCAAGAUAGGCUUACUUGCAUCAGAGCCCAUCAUUGAUCAAUUCAACCUUCCCCCUCUCGUCUCUACUAUAAAAACCCCAUUAAUAGGCUUCACAAAUUCAUCAUCAUCACUUGCUUUCCAUUCCAUCUUCAUUCUUCUGUCUCUGCUUUUUAAAGUCUUUCCAUUCCAUCUUCAUUCUUCUGUCUCUGCUUUUUAAACUCUUUCCAUUCCAUCUUCAUUCAGUUGGAUUUGGAUUUGGGUUCUGGGAGUGCGAACUAUAUUGAUUGAGAAACUAGCUAGAAAUGGAAUCCGUCGGAGAUAUCUUCCAAGCACAGCGUGCUGAGGGUCCUGCCACUGUAAUGGCCAUUGGCACAGCAAACCCAUCCAACUUUACUUACCAAACUGACUUCCCUGAUUUCUACUUCCGAUCAACAGACAGUGAGCACAUGAGAGACCUGAAGGAGAAGUUCAAGCGAAUUUGUGAUAGAUCAACUAUCAGAAAACGCCACACUUACCUGACUGAGGAAAUUAUCAGAGAGAACCCCGAUCUCUCUGACCCCAUGGCUUCAACACUUGACACACGCCAAGAUAUUAUGGUUGUUGAGGUACCUAAGUUAGCCAAGGAAGCGGCAUUGAAAGCAAUCAAUGAGUGGGGGCAGCCCAAAUCAAAGAUCACACACCUUGUAUUCACUACCAUUUCUGGUGUUGACGCACCUGGCUACGACUUCCAGCUUGUCAAGCUCCUUGGCCUUUCCCCUACCGUCAAUCGUGUGAUGAUGUAUCAUCUAGGUUGCUACGGUGGUGGCUCUGUCCUUCGUGUUGCUAAAGAUCUUGCAGAGAAUAACAAAGGUGCACGUGUUCUUGUUGUCUGCUCCGAGAUAAACUCCGUCAGUGGUUUCAAGGGACCUUCAAACACGGACUUCCACUCCUUACUUGGGCAAGCAAUCUUUGCUGAUGGUGCAGCAGCUCUCAUAGUUGGUGCAGAUCCCGAUAUGUCUAUCGAGCGCCCAUUGUUCCAACUAUUCUCAGCAGGCUCCAGAAUUCUCCCCGACUCAGAGGAGAUGGUCGCAGGCCACCUACGUCAAUCAGGCCUUUCCAUCAGCUUAUCCAAGGAUGUGGCCAAAACAAUCUCUGGCAACAUUGAGAAAUGCUUGGUGGAAGCAUUCAGCAAGAUUGGCAUUACCGAUUGGAACUCCAUUUUUUGGGUGGCUCACCCUGGUGGGCCAGCUAUUUUGGAUUUGGUCGAAACAACACUAGGCUUGAAGAAGGAGAAACUGAAUGCAUCAAGGAAAAUGCUAAGUGAGUUCGGUAACAUGUCAAGUCCCACAGUGUUAUUCAUUUUGGAUGAGAUGAGGAAGAAGUCUAUGGAGGAAGGGAACACAACAACUGGUGAAGGAUUUGAUUGGGGUAUACUUUUAGGAUUUGGACCAGGUUUGACUGUGGAGACAGUUGUGUUGCGUAGCAUCCCUUCAAUUCCAGACGAUCAUUAAGUGAUGAGUAGUGGAAUCUUAUAGCAAUUCAAAUUAUUUGAAAUAGUUUCUCCCCCAUGAGGAGAUGAGACUUAUCCCACACCUUAGAUUAGAUGGGUCAUACCUAUACUGUGGGAUU